CAUGAGAAUUCAGAUCCCAGUUCAAAGUGGGGGUGGAUCUAUCCACGGCUGGUUAGAGGAAGCAACAGCGACUUGAUACGUAACGGCUCUCUCCGCCUUUCUCUACGGUAUCACAGGCAAUCUCCGUCAAGAUGCCAGGGAAUGGUUUUGAUGAAGUAGAAGGAGAAGGAGAACCAUUGAGUUCUUGGAAUGAUAAGAUUAAGAUUGACCCAGCAAAACCUGCAUUUCUGACAUGGCAGCGGAAAAUAAAUAGUCAGGAAAAUGUUCCUUUGGAGUUUUCUUUAAGUUUGCAAGAGAUUAUUCAUAUGGCUCCUAUAGGUUAUCGGUUAUGGCGUCAUGUCCAAAAAGAAGCUGCGGAAGGAAGGGAGGCAAUGAUUAAUCCUUUUGUGAAGCGCCCUGUCGCAUCAUGUCGUGGUGUUCCACUAGGUGGUAUUGGUGCAGGAAGCAUCGAAAGAAACUACAAAGGUGAAUUUCAGAGAUUGCAACUAUUUCCGACAAUAUGUGAAGAUAAACCAAUUUUAGCAAAUCAAUUUUCUGUUUUUGUUUCACGCUCAACAACUGAAAAGUAUUCUACUGUACUCUGCCCGAGGAGCCCAGAAACGCUUAAAGAAGGUUCUGAAUCCUGGAUUAAAUCCUGGGACUGGAACUUGAAAGGACAUGGUUCUACAUAUCAUGCCUUGUAUCCUCGGGCUUGGACUGUAUAUGAAGGUGAACCUGAUCCGUUGCUUAGAAUAGUUUGUCGUCAGAUUUCUCCUUUCAUCCCCCAUAAUUAUAAAGAAAGCAGCUUCCCUGCAGCAGUUUUUACUUUCACGCUGUUUAAUUUGGGAAGGACUGAUGCAGAUGUCACCCUGCUUUUCACAUGGGCUAAUUCUGUUGGUGGGGUUUCUGGAUUUUCUGGUAAUCACUACAAUACAAAGAUCAGGAUGAAGGACGGUGUUCACGGCGUGCUCCUACAUCACAAAACUGGAAAUGGACUGUGCCCUGUAACAUUUGCAAUUGCAGCAGAAGAGACAAAUGGUGUUCACAUUUCAGAAUGCCCUCGUUUUCUGAUUGCUGGAAAUUCCCAAGGAAUAACAGCAAAAGACAUGUGGGAUGAAAUUAAAGAGGUUUUUUACCCACUCUUUGUGCCUGUGCAGUUCUUACACCUCACCCCACUCCAUGCCACCCCCAGGCACCUGCUCCACGUGUUGGAAAGCUUGAUAUGUCAUGGCUCCUUUGAUAGCCUUGAUUCUACUGAAACAUCAAUGCCGUCAGAACCGGGAUCAUCUAUUGGAGCAGCCAUUGCUGCAUCUGUGACAAUUCCAUCAGAUGCAGUACGUGCUGUAACAUUUUCAUUGGCAUGGGACUGCCCUGAGGCAAACUUCAUGAGUGGAAGAACUUAUUACAGGCGUUACACCAAAUUUUAUGGCACUCAUGGUGAUGCUGCUGGAAAUAUUGCACAUGAUGCUAUUCUUGAGAAUAGCAACUGGGAAUCCCAGAUUGAAGCAUGGCAAAGACCUAUUCUCGAAGACAAGAGACUUCCUGAAUGGUACCCGGUCACUCUUUUCAAUGAGCUCUACUAUCUUAAUUCAGGAGGAACAGUUUGGACAGAUGGAUCAUCCCCAGUCCAUACUUUAGCAAGCAUUGGAGAAAGAAAAUUUUGCCUUGACACGUACAAUUUAAAAGUUAAUAAUGCUAUCAAAAUGUCACAUCAGAAUAACACUGCCGUUAACAUUCUUGGGAGAAUAACAGAAACACUUGACGAGAUACACUAUCCAGUUACGCUAAAUUCUGCAUUUGGGACAAAUCUACUUCAAGAUGGAGAGGAGAACAUUGGUCAAUUCCUCUAUCUUGAGGGUAUAGAAUAUCACAUGUGGAACACUUACGAUGUUCAUUUUUAUUCAUCUUUUGCAAUAAUCAUGUUAUUUCCCAAACUUGAACUCAGCAUCCAGAGAGACUUUGCAGCAGCUGUAAUGAUGCAUGAUCCCAGUAAGAUGAGCCUUCUGCAUAACGGAAAAUGGGUUUCAAGAAAGGUUCUUGGUGCAGUUCCCCAUGAUAUUGGACUCAAUGACCCAUGGUUCGAAGUAAAUGCAUAUAACCUAUAUAAUACAGAUCGAUGGAAAGAUUUGAAUCCAAAAUUCGUACUACAAGUUUACAGAGAUGUGGUUGCAACAGGAGAUAAGAAAUUUGCUCAAGCCGUUUGGCCCUCAGUUUAUGUUGCAUUGGCUUUUAUGGACCAGUUUGAUAAGGAUGGCGAUGGGAUGAUAGAAAAUGAAGGCUUCCCUGAUCAGACCUAUGAUACAUGGUCUGUCUCUGGAGUGAGUGCAUAUUGUGGUGGUCUGUGGGUAGCAGCCUUGCAGGCUGCCUCAGCUAUGGCACGUGAAGUUGGUGACAAGGGCGCUGAGGCUUACUUUUGGUUUAAGUUUCAGAAGGCAAAAACAGUAUAUGAUCAGUUAUGGAAUGGUUCUUACUUCAACUACGAUAACAGUGGCGGAAGUUCAAGUUUAUCCAUCCAAGCUGAUCAGUUGGCUGGACAAUGGUAUGCUCGAGCCUCUGGUCUUUUACCAAUAGUUGACAAAGACAAAGCAAAAAGUGCGCUUGAGAAGGUUCAUAACUUCAAUGUGUUAAAAGUGAAGGACGGGAGAAGGGGUGCUGUGAAUGGAAUGCUACCGAGUGGAGAAGUUGACAUGUCAUCGAUGCAGUCAAGAGAAAUAUGGUCUGGAGUUACGUAUGCUGUUGCUGCAGCUAUGAUUCAGGAAGGCAUGGAUGAGAUGGCAUUCCAAACUGCAGGCGGAGUCCAUGAAGCUGCUUGGUCCAAAGAAGGGCUUGGAUAUUCUUUUCAAAAUCCAGAAGCCUGGAACACAGAUGACCAAUACAGAUCCCUAUGCUACAUGCGUCCUUUGGCCAUAUGGGCAAUGCAGUGGGCAUUAUCACAUCCAGAGCAUUUGAAUCAGGAGACAGAGCCUGAAACAAAGGACGAUUUGUUGGUUGGGCGCCAAGCUGCGGCAUUCACACGAAUCGCACGCCUUCUGAAGCUGCCAGAAGAGGAAUACUCUAGUAGUCUUUUGCAGGUGGUUUAUGAUCACACAUGGAAGAAGAUGGGAUUCUGAGAGAGGUCAUAUAACUAUCUGGAAAUGUAAAGUGUUUUUGUUAUGCAGAAAUGGAGGUCUAAAACAACAUUCUUGGAAAGAUGGGGAUACCAAGGGGCUCACUGGCAAGCUUUUUGCUGGAAAACUUAAAUCACAAGGAGAAUGCUAUAAGAAUUUGUAGAAGAGUGCUGCUCCCAUUGAGCCAUGCCCAAAAGCACUAGGAGAUCCGUGCUUAAUGUGCCUACAUAGGUGACAACAUCUAUGCAAUAUCUGUACUUGAACUCAUUAACAUUCUGUUUAUGCAAAACUUUAACAUUCUUUUUGUUGAAAGAUGAUAAGGGUUUUUCUUGUUAUGUCAAAUCAAAACUCUGGAGAACAAGAACAUAAAAUUCUUCAUAUUCAUAACACAAGCAUCGAAUGUUUGCAUAAUUUGUUUAUAUGU